UUGUUCAAUCCACUGCGCGCGCUUGUGUAGCGAAAACGGAUUGCGAUGAUCGUGUCCAACGUGAGCUUCAGCGGCUGCACGAGGGCCAAUAGCGCGCUGUGUACGGGUGCUGCAGAGAGGCACCUGGAACACAAUUUAUCCCGCACCACUCUCAGCCCGACCGGGAACCUGAUAGUCUCAGUGUGUUUGGGCUUCAUUGGCACCUUCGGGUUCCUCAACAACCUCCUGGUUCUCGUCCUCUUCUGCCGUUACAAGGUGCUGCGCUCGCCUAUCAACUUGCUACUGAUUAACAUUUCAUUCAGUGAUCUGCUGGUGUGUGUGGUGGGAACUCCGUUCAGUUUCGCGGCAAGUACACAGGGAAGAUGGCUCAUAGGAGAAAGUGGGUGUGUAUGGUACGGCUUUGCCAAUUCACUAUUAGGAAUCGUGUCCCUCAUCUCCCUGGCCGUGCUCUCCUACGAGCGUUACUCUACCAUGAUGGGUCCAACCGAGGCCGACUCCACCAACUACCGGAAGGUAGCCUUGGGCAUCGCUUUCUCCUGGGUCUACUCACUGAUGUGGACCCUGCCGCCGCUCUUCGGCUGGAGCCGCUACGGCCCCGAGGGGCCCGGCACCACCUGUUCCGUGGACUGGAUGACCAAGAACGCCAACAAUGUCUCGUACAUCAUCUCGCUCUUUGUUUUCUGCCUCAUCGUCCCCUUCCUGGUCAUAGUCUACUGCUAUGCUAAACUGAUGCAUGCAAUCAAACAGGUGAGUAGGACAACAACACUUUUCCACAGGUGCUUCCGAGCGCUGCUGAGGUGCCAAGAGCCUCAGAGGGGUUCCAGCCUCAGGAACUCCUCCAAGGCACCGCCCAAAGCCGUCCGAGGCAGUGCCCGCAAAACCAACCACCACAACUUAACUUUCAUGGUUGCCUCCCUUGGGCAGCCCACCAGCGACGUCCCCCAGCUGGGGAAUGCAACCCUGGACUCAGCCUUCCCUGCUUACUCUGACAUGGUCAGGCCCACCAUUGUGUCGCUAGUGGCCCACUACAACGGCGGCCUGGGACCGUCAGGGGUUACAACCCCUAGGAACCAAUUACAGGGAGGGGAGGAGGAUCCAGAGGGGCCGUCAAAGUGGAUUUAG